CUUUAAACUUGUAACAUCUGGUUAAACUUAGUAAACAAGCCGAUACAAACAGUCUAACUGCCUUCGCACAUUUUAUUUUGAUUUAAUUUCAUGAACAUCAGCGAACAUUAUGUCCAGUACAAGUGCUCCUGUUGAAGAUGAUGAACUUACUCUACCUCGAGCUUCUAUUAACAAAAUGAUUAAAGAGUUGAUUCCUACUGUUAGAGUUGCUAAUGAGUCAAGGGAGUUGAUUUUAAAUUGCUGUACAGAAUUCAUUCAUUUGAUAGCCUCAGAAGCCAAUGAAAUUUGUAAUUUAAGUAGAAAAAAAACUAUAAAUGCUGAACAUGUUCUUAAAGCUUUAGAUAGGCUUGGUUUUGGUGACUAUCGAUCCGAAGCCGAAGCUGUUUUACAAGACUGUAAAGAAGUUGCUGCUAAAAGGAGAAGACAAAGUAUGAGGCUUGAAAAUCUUGGAAUUCCUGAAGAAGAACUGCUCCGGCAACAGCAAGCUCUCUUUGCUAAAGCUAGAGAAGAACAAGCUCAGGCUGACCAACAGCAGUGGCUUCAAUUACAAGAAGCAGCAAAGAUGGCUUCCAUGCAAAAAUCAGCUGAGGAAAGUGACCCUGACGAUUACUCAUAAUUAACAUUUAACCUUUUUAAUAUUAAAUGUCAUUUUGAAAUACAUUAAAAUGAGCUGAAUCACAUUCAGUUAAAAAUCAAUUUAUCUUAAAAUCACUUGUUAAUUUAAGUUAUUAAUAUAACUUAAUAUUAAUUUAUCUAAUGUAAUAUUUUAUUUAUAAGCUUUCUUACAUGACUUAUUUCUUUUGAAAUCAGAUUUGUGAUAUUAUUUCUAUUGAUGUUUUAUAGAUUGUAUAUAUAUGGAAUUGUCUGGAAGAAAUCAUAUUGUCAAUUUUAUGUAGUAAUCUUCUAACUAAUCAUAAAUUGCCUUUUAAACUUCAUAAUCUAACUUCUUCGGACUCUAAAAUUUUCUUGAACAUAAAAAGUUUACUUAUAUUUUAAUUCUAUGUUAUAUUUUUUUUUUUUUUUAAAUAGACCAUGUGUUUAGUUUAUAACCUACCUAUCUUGUUAAAUUAACCAGCAAAUUAUCUUGUCUUUUAAGCCUUUUUUUUACAAUUUGGUUUUGCCUUUUUUUAUUAUUCUGGCAUUUAGAUGAUCACAUUUUUGUCUCUAUCGCUUAGCCACAUUCUCUACUAUGCCAAUAAUGCAUCCAAUGUAAAUAGUUUAUUACAAGAAGAUUCAACGAAAGCUUAAUCUUUCUUUAUUUUCCAGACAAAUCUUCACAUAUAUUCUAUCGAGAUGUGCUCAUAUGUUUGUAUUUAUUUUUAUAUAUCGGAUCACUUUUUUUUUUCUUUUAACUUUAGUAUCGAUUGUGUGUAAUUAUGUAAUGCAUUUGUGUAUAUAUUUGUUUAAACAUCUUACUUUGUAAAGUAUAUUUGUAUAUUUAACUGCUUAUAAUUUAUGAUUGUAUGUAAUUUGUUGUAAAUUUAAUGUGUUUUUUUUUCUUGAUUGUAGUUUCAGAUUAAAUUCUCAAUUGUUUUUACUAAAACUAGUAAAAAAUAAUAUUCAGCCAUUUAAAUAAAUUUGAAGUUUUAAUGUUAUUAAUAUGAAGCAAAUUAAUUUAUUUCCAAAAUGGAUGUGUAUAGUAAAGUUUCCAUGAUUGUCCACAUGCAGUAAUGUAUUAAAUGGUAACAAUAAAAUCUAUUUUAUUUCUUUCACAAUUUUUAAAAAUUCGUUUUUUUAAUAUCAGACUUAUUUAAUCCAUAUAAGUUGUAUUUUUUUCUUCUUAAAUAAUAGUGUUAAAAUGUAUUGGCUGUAAGAUGCUCGCAACAUUGUCAUAUAUGAAUGAACCUGAUGUACUUGAAGUAAUUUAGUUUGAGAUGUGUAAAAUAAUAACUGUUUGUUAUUCUUCAAAAUAAAUGGAUUGCUCAGUUUGU